AUGAUUGAUGUCCGCGCAUGGGCAGAGUAUGUUGUGGAGUGGGCCGCCAAAGACCCGUAUGGUUUCCUCACCACCAUCAUAUUGGCUCUGACCCCUCUCUUCAUCGCCAGCGCCCUGCUGUCCUGGAAGCUGGCCAAGAUGAUCGAGGCACGUGAUCGUGAACAAAAAAAGAAGCAAAAGCGUCAGGAAAACAUAGCUAAGAUCAAGCGGACCAAGAAAGACUGAACCUGUUGAGGAGGGCAGGAUGAGGGCAUAAAACUAUUCCAAAUAAUGACACGGUGCCCUUCCUCGUCCCGGCCCUACCACCAAUUCAGGGCCGUUAGGCCUCAUGUCAGUGUGAAGGGACACUGGCCCCACAGGCCCGAUGUUGCUGCGAUGGACAGCACUGACUGGAGGGGACUUGUCCCAGUGGGACUCUGGUCAGCAGGAGCUUAGUGGUCAUGUUUGAUGGGUUUGUUUUUGUACAAACUCCUGUCGUAUUGUGCAGCUGUUGUCACAUCUUGCAUUCCAUUGUUAACAUCCCCCUCUCUGCUGAAGAUUUUAUACCGGAACGUUUUCCAGUACAGUCACUUGCUACCAAAAUGCUGACUCUGUAAUAAUACAAAUAAAAAUGUCAUGGUUGAAUCUAAA